AUGCCAGCCUGCACAAUUCAUCUGCUUUCUCUCUCCGUCACCAUUCCCGAUUUCCUCUCAGCCCUUUCAACGACUUCUCUCACCCCACUCACAAUUGGUAGGGUUGUUCGUUGGAUCGUCCUUCCAACAUCGAUAUCGAUCGACCCACUUAUCGCACGUAAUAUCCAUUGGGAUAUUCUGAUGAUCUUGCCCAAUACAGACAUUCUUCCAGCCUCACUACAAAAGCUUAUCCUUCAUCAAUGGCAGGUGACAGCAGGAAUACCUUCACGAUUACUCCAUGAUUUUGCGUCGAAGAAUAGAAGACUGCUCGAUCCACGACCGGAAGACACACCGCCUCUAACAGGAAGCUUAAACAACUAUCACGCAAAAGCUUCAGCUCAAUCCCUCGAGCUUUCUCCUCCAUUACUGGAAUGGAUCAAAACCUAUAGAAACCAAGAAGGGCGAGGUGCAGUUUCUAUGCUCAAUCUCCUUGCAUUCAAACCUGGACUCAAAGAGGAAUAUUUGAAAUAUGGAGCCGAAUUUGCAAAGUCCAUUGGUUCGAAACGAGGUGGUAUUGCCAAAAUAAUGGGGACUGUGAUACAUGAGGGAGACUCAGAAGAAAGAGGCGAAUGGGACGAGGUUGCGGUAGCACAUUACCCGAGUAUUGAACAUUUUGCAGAUAUGUUGGCCAGUGAAGAUUAUCAGGAAGUAAAUCACAGACAUAGGGUGGGAAGUUUGAAGGAUACUUUCAUUCUUUGCACAACAGAAUUGGAUAUGCCUGUAUGGGGCAAGAACGAGUCGAAACUAUAG